AUGAAGCGGCAUAUGCAAACUAAGCAUAAAUCGGAGUAUGAAGCUGCGAUAGCUAACAUACAGGAAGACGAAGCUGCCGAAAAAAAAAUUAAAUUUGCAAUUACAUUGGGCAAAAAUGAAGUGAAGGAUGCGUGCAUCGAUUUGGUGACGCUGGAAAAGCUUCCGUUGGCUAUUUUCGAUUCGGAGUGCUUCAAAACGCUAACGUCCCAAAUAUUUUCUGCACUGGAUAUGCCGGCUGUUUCGUCCAGAAACAUAAUGGGCAUGGUGGAGGAAAAAUUCAAUGACAUUAAAAACAGCAUAAUGGCCAGUCUCAAGGACAAAAUGCUGAGCUUAAAAAUGGACACAGCCACCCGGUGUAAUCGUGGGAUCUUGUGUGUAAAUGUGCAAUAUAUUCACGACACUGGUAUUGCAAUAAGGACCUUGGGCCUUAUUGAGCUAAAUAUGUCGCACACGUCCAGAAACAUUUGCUCUGAAAUUGAGUCACUGCUGAGCCAAUUCGCGAUUCAGAAGCAGCAGAUAUACACCAUAACCACGGACAAUGGCCGAAAUAUGGUGAAAGCAGUUGAGCUGCUUAAUGAUACAGAGACUGCUGACAUUGACGAGGACGACGAGGAUGAGGAAGAGCUAAUGUUAAAUACUAGCAUUGGUUCCAUCACCUCCGUACGUUGUGCAGCACACACCCUUCAGCUAGCUGUGAAGGACUUCCUGGAAGACUUGGAAGCAGCUGACUUUAUUUGUAAAGCGCGAAAGCUUGUGAAGCUGUUAAGGACGCCAACCUACAGGCAUUUGAUAACUGAGGCAGCAUUACCGCAGCCUGUAGUUGAUGUUGCGACUCGAUGGAGCUCAACAUAUAAUAUGUUGAGUAAACUGCUGGGCUUUGAGACCUUUUGCGAGCGCCACUGCAAACAUUCAAUGAAGCUGACUCCGACUGAGUGGUUGGAUUUAAAACAAUUGGUGGAAGCUUUAGAGCCAGCUUACUUGGCAACAUUGCAAUUUCAAAGCAGCCAAUUAUUUAUGAGCGACUUCUACAAGCUUUGGAUGGAACUCAAGCUCACACCUUUCCUGGACCCACGCUUACGUCGCAUAUUGCUGCAACACCCUGAAAACGUGAUGCGCGCGAAAACGGAGAUUAAACAGCUCUUACGCCAACUGUGGCAGUUGAAGGAAAAGAUUGAUACAGAUGAAGCCUGCUCAACAUCUAACUUGACAGAGACCAAUUUGCUUUCGCAAAAUUCUCAGUCUUGCUCGCUCUUGACCGAGCUUUUAAGUAGCAUUGAGGUCGAUGCCGAAGAGGAAGCUGACGAUGAUGGGCAGCAGGAAAUUUUAAAAGGAUAUGCUGAAAUUGAUAGUUACAGCCCGAAGCCCAUCAGCCUAGACGCUGAUAUAAUGCAGUACUGGAGUGAGAAGCAAUUUCAGUACCCGAAUUUAUAUCAGCUUGCUAAGGUGGUGCUUGCGGUUCCAGCUACCCAAGCUCUCUCGAAGAUGGGUCAAUGGACAUCUGCAAGGCCAUCUAAGAGAAAUCCCUAUCAGGAAUAUUCUGCAUAA